AUGCGUCAGCCAUCUGCCGAAGACCUCGAUGCCGCUCAUCAACUUGUGUCCUCUGCUCGUGGAGAGCGUGCUGGGUCACAUAUUAUCCAUGAUGGUCAUGUGAGCGAUAGCGCGGCUGACAGUGCUCGCCCGGAUCGACUGAGUCCGAGGGCGGACGCGCACCCUCCGCGUUCAUCAAGUGAACUGCCUGAGCAGAAAGAGGAUGUCAGCGGUCUUGGGCAAAUCUGCAGUAAUUGUGGCACCACUAAGACUCCCCUGUGGCGACGGUCUCCGACUGGGACAACAAUAUGCAACGCUUGUGGGCUAUACCUCAAGACGCGCAACGCUCCGAGACCCACGAAUUUCAAACGUCCAAAUCCAACCACUCCUGCUGAGAGUCCUCGGCAGACAAGCAGAACAUCACCCGCAGCUACAACCUCUCCGACGCCAGUACAAACCCAGCAGCCGGGCAUACCCUACCGAGUUCCAGAGCAUACACCAGGUUCCUGUCCGGGUGGUGGAAACUGUAACGGGGCGGGUGGCGCUGAAGGGUGCGGAGGGUGUCCUGCAUAUAACAACAGAGUCGCAAGGUCUACCAACGCUUCUACUCUAGUCAACCCGCAAACGCCGUCCGAGGGCGAUCGCCAGAACAAUACAGAUACCGCCGCCAGCCAGACUGCCUUUACCACUGCGCCUCCGCCUCAAGCGGCUACGGACAGUGUAUCCUUAGUUGUCGCUUGUAAAAACUGCGGCACCACAGUGACUCCUCUCUGGCGACGGGACGAGCACGGGCAUCCCAUCUGCAACGCCUGCGGCUUAUACCAUAAGUUGCACGGGUCGCAUCGGCCUGUGCAGAUGAAAAAGUCCACCAUCAAGAGACGGAAACGAGUUGUGCCUGCAUAUCCGGACGUCCUCCGAUCGGAUGGCAAUGUGUCGCAGAAGACCGUGUCGACCUCCCCUGAGCCAGUGUCGCCUGGGUUAGACUACCGUGAAAGCUCUGGAGAUCCGACACCUGCACCCAAGAGGAGACGAGCUCCACCACCUGUGGACUAUACAGGGUAUGUGCCAGGGCCAUCUGCAGGUGGUGAUGCUCCCCGUAGCACACAGCCACCUUCCGACGACUACACGGUGCAAGUACGCCUUGCAGCUGCAGCUGCGGAGGGCAUGCAGCUAGACCCUUCAUUGGUCGAUACCGGCCGCCGAUCACAAGAACCGGCACCACGACCGAGUGACGCUUCUGCUCCUGUCAGCGGCCCGAUUGCUGAAACUGAUCGCGAGCACUGGCGCCUAGAACGCCGGGCACAACUUAUGCGAGAGGCAGAGGUAAUGCGUGCGGCGCUGCGGGCAAAGGAGCGCGAGAUUGAUGACCUGACGUGA